AUGGAGGGCAUGAAUUGCCCAGCCAUCCAGCCCUUGCAGGGGCAGCGGUGGCAAACACACUGUAAGAAAACAUUUACAGUGCCUGGAGGUGAUCCAAAACCAAAACCACAAGCCUACCAGAAAAGGAGAAGGAAUGAGAGUUCUGUAAGCAAGGAGAAAGCAGGACCUGUUUAUAAUCACUAUGCAAAUGGCUGUGGCUGGUGGGACUGCGACAGGGAAGGCAUUGACAAUGAAGAAGUAGGCCUCAAUGAGGUAUGGGAAGGAGUGGGCUCUACCACAUUGGGAGGAAUAGAAUGGCAUUGA